GUCGCACCGCUAUGAGCUUUACGGAAAGUACGUUGAAGUUCCCGUCGGAUUAUUUUAUUUCAUCGUUAACGCUCUUUCUGUGUGUUUGAGCCGCGAUUUCGACUGCCUUUUCGUUCUCUGUGGACUGUCACGGGCGAUCUCACGGACGCCUCGCUAAGUGAACACUUCAGAUUCCUCCAGGAGAACUUCGUCCGAGGGGUCCGUGAACGCCUCUCAUCUGGACGCGCCGACCGAGUUGAGAUCUCCCGCCGAGAUUCGAGAUUCAGCCACGAAAAAAGGUCGUUGGAGACAAAACAGCGGUAAAUAAACCGAUAAUUUUUCCUCAAAUUCCUUCAACCCCCAGUAUGCAAGAAUUAAUCACCCCCCCUUUUAAAUUGUGUUUAAAAUGAGGGGUUAAUGGAGCUGUGGAGCGGCUUUGUGUAAUAAAUCAAAGAUCCUUUUCAACAAAAACUGAAAUAAAAGCACGUAUCCGGAUUAGUUUCCAGACAGGUCAGCGCCCCGUUUUCAGAUGUGCAGGGUGAGAUGAACUCCAGUGGGAAAACUGUAGACCCCACCUGACAGCUUUCUGCCUGAGAAACUGAGAGGUUCUUCACUGGAGCGUCCACAUCUUCACCGCUGGAUAACAAAGCAAAGGCCCUGACUUUCAAUUUCAACUUAGAAAUUCAGAUACAAGUGAGCGGAGACGUCGCACUCAUUAAGAAAUGGAAAUCGAAAAGCCGUUUUCUCAUUCGUCGACUGACAUCUGAUUUUUUCCGGCUCCUCUCUGAAACUGGCAGUGGAACAUCUCUUUGUCCUCUGCUUGCUGUCACACGCUUUUCUCCUUAAUAUUCUCAAUCCAUAUUCUACCCAGAGGUCAGCCUGGCCGGCACAACAAUUCCUGCGAAGGGGGAGGAGGACUUCCUCACUCUGGCCGCCUCCCGUCUCAGCCGCAAGAAACGGGUAAUCGCGGCUGGAGUUGGAGUGGCCAUGGUCUUGGUUCUCCUGGUGGCCAUUCCCCUCUUGGUACACACUACCAAAGGGGGAGGAUCAGGAGGAGGGGGGACACAUUACGAAAUGCUGGGAAGCUGCAAGAUGGUGUGCGACACCUUCACCCCACCACAAGGAGAGCUGACUGCAGUCUCCCCUCAGCCCCCAGACUUUCCAAACCGUAAGGGAAAACAAGGUUUCAGAGGGAGUCCAGGACUGCCUGGUCCUCCUGGUCCCAAAGGCCCCCCCGGGGACCCUGGCAAACCGGGACCUCCAGGUCCUCCAGGGCCAGGACCUGGGGGCUACGGCCCCUCGCUUUAUAGUCCCAAAAUCGCCUUCUACGCUGGCCUCAGGAAACAACAUGAAGGGAGUGAAAUACUCAAGUUUGAUGAUGUAGUGACCAACGUCGGGAACUACUAUGAGCCCAGUACUGGCAAGUUCACCUGUCCGCUCCCCGGCAUCUAUUACUUCACCUACCACGUCCUGAUGAGAGGAGGUGAUGGAACCAGCAUGUGGGCGGAUCUUAAGAAGAACGGCCAGGUGAGGGCCAGCGCAAUCGCUCAGGAUGCGGAUCAGAACUAUGACUACGCCUCCAACAGCGUCAUCCUGCAUCUGGACGUCGGUGACGAAGUGUGCGUGCAGCUAGAUGGAGGCAAAGUCCAUGGCGGCAACACCAACAAAUACAGCACCUUCUCUGGUUUCCUCAUCUACCCUGACUGAUGUUUGGUGUCGUCUGUCUGUUAGGAAGCUAAAACGUCAUCUAACCGGCCUCUUCAUCAUGAUGUCAUGCCUUCAUUAUCAGAACGUGGUGAGAAAUAGCACCAUGAUCAGAUAUAUAAACGAGAAAUGUGUAAAAUAAUAUUUAAAAAAAUCCAGACAUUUAUUCUAACGACACACCCCUGUGGUUAUUACUGAGGUCCAUGUGCAGUGUUUGUAAGCUCCAAUGCAUCCCAGGUUCUAAACUCAUCGAUGUGGUACCAAGGAUUCUUCCCUGAUAGACUUUCAAAUCGACUGACUUGAUCCCUGAAUCUGGAGGAUAAAUCGCAGCGGCCAGGAGUCUCUGCCUUAACACUGAAUGGAUUAUCAAUACGGCUGAAGACACCUGACUGGAAAAUGUCAUGAAUAUAUUGAUCCUAACAAGUAUAAUCUCGUACGUGUUCUAUGUGAGCGUCCAUGGUCGUGUGCCAGCAUGUGUGUUUAAGCUCCAGCCGGAGUUGCAUCCUGUGUCCUCUAAAACGUAAAGAAACCCGUGUGACCUCCCCCUCAAAACACAUGUAUCAAUGCUGAUGUUUGGCUUUCAGAUUUCCCCCGAGUCAGAGCUUCUGAUAAUGAGACUUCCUCCGCUGCCUCACCUGCUCAGUCACAGUCGCCAUCCAGGACCUGAUGGAUAAUGAUCUUAAUAUUGAUUCCGUCAUGAUCACAGUUCAGCUGCAGUUUGUGAAAUGUGUGACAAUGGCAAACAUUAAAUCUAAUGCUGUGGAUGAUGGUCAGUCUUCUGUGCUUGUAAUAUGGAUGUGAAAAGUUGAGGCUUCAUCGAUGAGAUAGUUGAGAACUAAGAAUGAAUCAAACCAACUAAUAUGCAACUACCUCUGUAACCUCAAUGCACAAUGGCUAGCACAAAACAAGGAAAAGGGUUGCCAGACUUGAAUCAUGCCACCAUCUGUGCCAUGACUGUGUCAACGACUCUCCACCGACAACAUUCAUUCAACGAAGGCAGGUGUGAGUCGAAAUACAGUGGAUUAUACAAACUAAAUUGAUGUAACUCAGCAGUGUAGAUAUGUCAUAUAAUAAUAAUAAUAAUAGAGUCUUUGUGAUAUAACAGAAGACGUCGCAUGUCAUUUUGCACAAUAGUGUCCAGAAAAAUGAUAAAAAUGUUGAUGUGACCAAAUCAGACAUUGUUCAUUUACAGAGACUGUCAAAGGUGCAUGUCAUCACCAAACAGGUCCAGGUUUGUUUUGGUGAGGGACCAACUGCACGACAUGCUGGAGACGUGUGGAUUUGAAUCAGCUCUGUGACUCAUGAGCAACAUCUUAAUGGUGGGGCAGCAAAAAACACAAGCAAAAUUGGUCUGUGUGUGGGUGUGUGUGUGGCUGAAUAGUUCCCUUGGCGAGGACUGAGCAAUUUUGGGCCAUGAUCUGAGUGUAACUGUCUUUUUUUUUCUGUCCCACCACUGUCACCCAUCAAAUAAAAUGAUAUGAAAGGACCUCACCAGGAAUGAAGACUGUAAUCUGAACUGAGUUUAUGGCGUCUACUGUAUGAUGGAAUUACUUUACAAACACUGUCAAUAAGGUUUGCAGAAGGUUUAUAGAAGGGUUUGACUGUAUAAAUCACUUGUGAAAAUAAAUUUGAUUCAUAAUCCUCACUAAAGCCACAGAAGAAAAACACCAUAGAAAAUAUGAUUUAGAAGCUUUUUUUCUGCUGCAGAAUCUAUUUCCGUUCUUCAUCUAUACAUCUUAAUGCUAUUCGGAGGCCAACUGUUUAU